GAAUUUACAUGGUCUGCUUGUUCUUGGAGGUGAAUGGAAUGUAGGUAGGGAUUUUUUCUCAAAAAAAAUGUCUUAUUCAGUUCAAAGUUCAAACCUUUGAAGGGGAUUGGAGGCAAAAAGCUUAUUCCUUUAUCAUAUGAUUUUGCUGGUGAUACUCAUUGAUUUUACAGAUUCCUGACUAAAAAGUGUUAUUAGGGAGGGUGAAAUUUAUGUUUCUCUCUCUCUUUGCCCCUAAUAUGUUAUGGGAUUAGUUUGAUAUUUAUGGCUUGUCAAUGUCCUAUUUCAUUGCUGUGGCUUCCAUACAUUCAUGCUUCCACUGCAAUUUAUAAAUUGUUGGACCAUUGUCCCUGUUUAGAUGUAUGGUGGUUACUCUUCCAUUAUAAAUCCUUAAUUACUCAUAAUAGGGAAAUAGUUUUCCACAUCCAACUUAUGUUAUACCAGGAAACUUGUAAAGUGACUUGCUUUUUCAUGAUGUGUGUGAUAUUGUUUUUCUUUUUGCUUCAAUAGUGGAGUGCUACCCCUAACAAACUUAUAUAGUUAUGUGGUUAAACCAUACUCAAAACGGAUAUGCAUUCACCAUAUGAUCAUGUCUGAAAACUUGAAAAUUAGGACAUCUAGAUGCUGACUUAAAUAGGGUACAUGUUGGAUGUGGCUUCAUACACAUUGUUGAGAAGUCUCACAUUGACUAGAGAUAUGACCAAAAUAGUCCUAUGAAUUCUAAGAUAGUAUCAGAGCCUAUUUAUUGGAGACUACCCAUAUAUGGGUCAACCGCAUAUGUUCAUUCCUGCAAAUUUCACGCUCCAAAUGUCCAUAUGUCCAGCACUCACCGUGAGGGGUGGGUUGAGAAGUCUCACAUUAACUAGAGAUAUGGCCAAAAUAGUCCUUAUAAAGGGUUAAGAUGGGUAUACAAUGUGGAGUCCUAGAGGGAGGUUAUGAAGGAAGGUUAUCAAUAUUCAAGGGUAAAAUAGCAUUUUCAUGAUUUAAUUACAUGAUCAGUUUUUCUUUCCAUUCCUUUCCACCCAAUUUGGGAGGGAGCAAAUUUAAAGGAAAACAAUGGAGCAUGAUGGAACUUGAACCAUUACUUACCAUGGCUUCCAUCAUAUUUUAAACAAAACAAACAAUGGAACCCUAUCUCCCUCCACUCCACUCCAUCCCCCUCCCUCAAUCCAAACAAAGCCUUAGUUGAGUAUAAUAAUGUAUUCAGUAAAUAACUAAAUACACCCUUAGUUUCACCAAGUGUAGACCCUUCACUCUUCAGCCGCGCCACCCCACCGCACAAUCUUCAGUAACCAGACUCUAGAGUCCACGAACACUACCGUCGCCGUCUCAGACCACCGUACUUUCGCCGUGCUGAACUCUCGUCGGUUUCGCAACCACCGUCCUCUCUCCGUGCUGGAGCACUGUUGGCGUCGAAGGCUUGCUGCAAGCAAGAGGUCUAUUUCUCUCUCAUUCAAAGUUCUGGAAUGAUUGAUUUGAAAGAAUUGUCCUUGGUCAGUGGGAAAGCUGCAUGGAUGGCUUACUUGGAUGUCUAUUGUUUGGAUGCUGAUGGUGCUCUUUUUGAUGCUGCUUUACUUUCUGCAGCUGCUGCCUUAUCUCAUCUGCAAAUUCCUCAUGUUGCUAUAAACGAUGACGGCAAAAUAGUACUCGUGUCUGAUGAAGAUGGACAAAAGCAGGCACAAGAGCUGGUUAAUAAGGAAAAGAGGAAGCUUACACUAAGAAACAUUCCAUUCUCAUUAACAUGCAUACUUUACAAAAAUUACAUCUUGGCAGAUCCUACUGCAGAAGAAGAAUCCAUUAUGGAAACCCAUAUGACUAUAGUUUUGAAUACAUCUGGUCAACUUAUAUCUCUUUACAAGCCUGGCGGGCCAGUUCUUGCCUAUACUUCUGCUCUCCAGGACUGUGUUCCAUUGACCAGGCAAAGAGUUAAAGAACUUAAGAGCUUCUUAGACAAAGAAAAUUCUGCUGCUAUGGAGGUUGAGUAGAAUAAUAAAUUAAUCCUCAUUGUUUUGAGUUUCAACAAUAUCUUCAUUGUUUUGGGUGAUUAACUUAAAACAUCUGUACAUUCUGAAUUAUGGUGUUUGGUAACUAAUCAACUUCAAUUAAGAUUUAAAUUACACUAUCCUCUAUGGAUUAGCUCAA